AUGGGAGCAGACCUCAGCCAUGAGAAAGUUCAGGACACCCCCGCCGGCGAUGGCUCCCCACCACAGUCUACCCCCAGGUUUAAAACGGCAGCGGCCAGAAUUCGCCCCAAGGGCCCAGCGGUGGGGAUUGACCUGGGCACCACCUACUCCUGCGUGGCAGUCUGCCAGAGGGGGAAAGUUGACAUCAUCGCCAACAACUAUGGCAGUCGGACCACCCCCAGCUGCGUGGCUUUUACUGACAGGGAGCGGCUGGUGGGAGAACCGGCAGAGAUGCAGGUAGGCCUCAGCCCAGAGAACACGGUCUUUGGCGUGAAGCGGCUGAUCGGCCGCAGGUACGAAGACUCUUUGGUGCAGUCCGACUUGAGUCACUGGCCUUUCCAAGUGGUUGACGGUGGCAGCGGGGUGAUCAAAGUGCAAGUGUUGUACAAAGGGAUGGAGAAGUCUUUCUAUCCAGAGGAAAUAUCCGCGAUGGUGCUCUCCAAGCUGAAGCAGGUGGCUGAGGCCCACCUAGGCCGUCCAGUCACACAGGCCGUCAUCACAGUCCCAGCUUACUUCAGUGACGCCCAGCGUCAGGCCACCAUAGAUGCUGGUGCGAUUGCGGGGCUCCAGGUGCUGAGGGUCAUCAACGAGCCUUCUGCAGCCGCCAUCGCCUACGGCCUAAAUGACAGCAGCCAACGGAAGAGGAAGAGAAACAUCCUCAUCUUCGACCUUGGCGGGGGGACCUUUGACAUCUCUGUCCUCACUGUCCAGGAUGGCAUCUUUGAAGUGGUGGCUACGACUGGAGACACACACUUGGGAGGAGAGGAUUUUGACCGACGGCUGGUGGACCACCUCACCCAGGAGUUCAAAAGGAAACAUAAGGAAGACCUCAGCCAGAGCAAGAAGGCGAAGCAGAGGCUGAAGGUGGCCUGCGAAAAGGCCAAGCGGACACUGAGCUCCAACGUCACAGCCAUCAUCUCCAUUGACUCCCUCUAUAAGGGGGUUGAUUUCCACACGACCGUCACCAGAGCCAACUUUGAAGACCUGUGCUCUGACCUCUUCCAAGCCACCUUGCAUCAUGUGGAGAGGGCCUUGGAGGAGGCUGGGAUCAAAAAGUCCCAGGUUGAUGACAUUGUGCUCGUUGGGGGGUCCACCCGCAUCCCCGCGAUCCAGAGGCUUCUGUCACAGUUCUUCGAUGGGCAGGACUUGUGCAAGGCCAUCAACCCAGAUGAGGCAGUGGCUCACGGAGCAGCCAUUCAGGCGGCCAUCUUGACAGGCCACAGGUACCAAAACUUGCAGAACCUGCUCCUCUUGGACAUGACUCCUGUUUCCUUAGGGCUGGAGACGGUAGGAGGCGUGAUGGACGUCGUGGUCAAGCGCAACUCUCCAAUCCCGACCAAGGAAACCAGGAAUUUCUCCACCACCGAGGACAACCAAAACAGCCUGUUCUUGCAAGUCUACGAAGGAGAGCGGACACUGACCAAACACAACCGGCUCCUCGGAACCAUCACGCUGAAUGGCCUCCAACCUGCUCAGCGCUGCAUGCCAGUUAUCGUGGUCACCUUCCACAUCGACUACAAUAAUAUUCUCACCGUGUCUGCUAUGGAAAGGUGCACGGGCAACCACAACCAGCUUACCAUCACAGACACACGGGGCCGGCUGGACAGGGAAGAGAUGGAGCGCAUUGUUCACGAGGAGGAAGAGUACCGUGCUCAAGAAAAGGCUGAGCAAGAAAAGGUAGAAGCCUUGAACUCUUUGGAGUCCAGCACCCUCCAGCUGAAGAGGGUGGCUGUAGAGGAGAAGACUCUGGAUGACCGAGCGAAGCGGAGGGUCCUUGAAAUGUGCGAGGAGACUGCCGCUUGGAUGGAGGGCAACCAGCGAGCCCCAAAGAAGGAGUACGAAGAGCGAAAAAGGGAGCUGGAGGAUGUCUGCUAUUCCAUCAUCACAUACUUCAGCAUGGAUGGAGAGAAACCUUCAGAGGAGGAGGGAAGAAAAAGCAAAGCCUAG